UUAUGUUUUUGAUAUCUUUAUUGUUAGCCAAGAUCGAAUCGAAUCCUCUUUGUCUCUGUUUCUCAUUUCAGUAAUGGCGCCAUUUCCUCCUUUAAACCCAUAGUUUCCAUUAAAGGGAAGGGAAAUCUUCGUCCAAGAAUCUCAAUAUUGCGUGAUUAAUUCUCGACAAUUCGGUUUGAUGAUCAUCCUCUUUUGAUAAGUGGAGGUCAUGGAUGGGGUUCAUGGAAACACUACCACAGCAGUGUCAACCACGACCACGAGCUCAGUUCCGAGCGCGAAUACUCUGCCCCCCUUCCUUAGCAAGACCUAUGACAUGGUCGAUGAUCCGUCUACGGAUUCGGUAGUUUCUUGGAGCCCUAGCAACAACAGCUUCGUUGUCUGGAAUCCGCCUGAAUUCGCCAGGGAUCUUUUGCCCAAAUAUUUCAAGCACAACAACUUCUCCAGUUUCGUCAGACAGUUGAACACAUACGGCUUCAGGAAGGUUGAUCCAGACCGAUGGGAAUUUGCAAAUGAGGGGUUUCUAAGAGGGCAAAAACAUUUGUUGAAGAGUAUUAAUAGGAGAAAACCCUCCCAUGUACAUAGCCAACAACAGUCUCAGGGGCAGAGUUCUUCCGUUGGAGCAUGUGUUGAGGUGGGGAAGUUUGGGCUUGAGGAAGAGGUCGAAAGACUCAAAAGGGACAAAAAUGUGCUUAUGCAGGAGCUGGUGAGGCUGAGGCAGCAGCAACAGGCAACUGAUAACCAGUUGCAGACCAUGGGGCAACGCCUUCAGGGAAUGGAGCAGCGGCAGCAGCAAAUGAUGUCAUUCCUGGCAAAGGCCAUGCAGAGCCCUGGUUUCUUAGCCCAGUUGGUGCAGCAGCAGAAUGAAAGCAACCGGCGUAUAGCUGGAGUGAACAAAAAACGUAGACUCCCCAAACAGGAAGAUCACUCGGAGGUUGAGCAUGCUGCGGCUCCUGAUGGACAGAUUGUGAAAUUCCAGCCUCUGAUGAAUGAGGCAGCUAAAGCAAUGUUCAGGCAGAUUCUUAAGUUUGAUGCUUCUCCUAGGCUGGAAUCUCCAAGCAGCAAUCCCGAUAGUUCCUUUAUUGAUGAUGUACCCUCACCAUCCAGUGCAUUAGAUAGUGGGAGCUCUUCGAAUAGGAUCUCGGGGGUGACUCUCUCAGAAGUCCCACCCACUUCUGGACAGUCGUAUUUGCCAGUUACUACCUUGGGGUUUCCAGAAAUCCGCCCCUCACCUGCCAUGUCUGAGAUCCAAUCAACUCCUGUAGUGAAAGACAUGGUGACUACAACAGCUCCAUUCUCAGAUAUGAGUGUUUUGGCUGGGGUGCAAGAUGGCCCCAUUGUCUCAUGCCAAAUAGACAUUGUUAUGCCCGAGUUUACCCACAUUCCGGGAAUGGUGCCAGAAACCGAUGUUGAUAUUACUGGUGCAGGUUUUAUUGGGAAUGAGACUGGCAAUGGUGAGUUCAUGGAUCCAAUGUCUGUUGGGGUAGAUGGGACAACACCAAUGGAACGUGAUAAGUUCUCACCUGACCCAGAUAUAGAUAAUUUGCUUGAUGGGAUUUCUAAGCUUCCAGGUAUAAAUGAUGUCUUUUGGGAGCAGUUUCUCGCCGCGAGCCCGGUUUCUGGUGAGACGGAUGAGAUUGACUUGAGUACACCUGAAGGUGCUAACAAGGAGAAAGAAUCAGCAAUGGAGAAUGGAUGGGACAAGGCUGAGAAUAUGAACCAGCUAACAGAACAGAUGGGGCUUCUUACAUCAGAAACCAAAGGUGGAUAAUCUUGUGUAUAUUGUCCCUCCCUAGUCAUGGGUAAUCUAAAUUCACUCUUUUACAAUUCACUAUUGGAUAUCAAGCAGUUACAAGAGAGAAUACAACCCUA